CGUUCUUCUUCUUCUUCUUCUUCUUCUUCUUCAUCUCAAUUGCCACCAUGAAUGUCUAACCCACCUUGGCGGCUCCACAUUUUUCAAAUUCCAAAAAAGUGAUGGGAGUGGGUGGUAAAUUCUGGGACUUGCUUAAACCCUAUGCUCGCCACGAGGGUUUUGAUUUCUUGAGGAACAAGCGCGUGGCUGUGGACCUCUCCCUUUGGAUUGUGCAGCAUGAAACUGCUAUCAAGGCGCGUGCACGAAGCCCCCACCUGAGGCUCACAUUCUUCCGCACCAUAAAUCUCUUCGCCAAGUUUGGAGCAUUUCCAGUCUUUGUGGUUGAUGGAAGCCCAUCACAUCUAAAGUCACAGGCGAGGACUGCAAGAUUCUUUCGGUCUUCUGGUAUUGAUUCAUCUAGUUUGCCUGUGGCUGAAGAUGGCAUUUCAGCUGAGAGGAACAGCAGAUUUUCCAAGUAUGUUCAAGAAUGUGUGGAACUACUUGAACUACUUGGGAUACCUGUUUUAAAGGCAAAAGGAGAGGCUGAAGCACUGUGCGGUCAGUUAAAUCUCGAAGGUGAUGUAGAUGCUUGCAUCACAUCUGAUAGUGAUGCCUUACUCUUUGGGGCUAAAUGUGUGAUAAAAAGCUUCCAAUCCAAUUCAAAGGAACCAUUUGAAUGUUACUACAUGUCAGAUAUUGAAGCUGGUCUAGGUUUGAAAAGGAAACAUAUGAUUGCGAUCUCUCUUUUGGUUGGAAAUGACCAUGAUUUGAAUGGAGUGCCAGGUAUUGGACUAGAUACAGCUCUUCGCUUUGUCCAGACUUUUAGUGAAGAUGAGAUACUGAAUAGAUUACGUGAUAUAGGCAAUGGCGAUGCUUCACUGUUUCAAGGUGGUAUCCAAUAUGUGGAUGAUAUCGUACCGAGUUCAGCUGAGAGCUCGUUAAAGGCAAAACUUUCUCAUUGUUCAUUCUGUGGGCAUCCUGGCAGCAAAAAAGCUCAUUCCAAGUCUUCCUGUGAAUAUUGUAUUACCAACAUGGAUGAGGGUUGCUUGAAAAAGCCAGAGGGGUUCAGAUGCAGUUGCUCUUCCUGUGAUAUGGAUCGUAAAGAAAAGGAACAGAAGAAGCAAGAGAAUUGGCGACUGAAAGUUCUCAACAAAAUUGCACUGGAGCAGAAUUUUCCCAAUGAAGAGAUAAUUGAAAUGUAUUUGUGCAACAACCAUGGUUACUUCAGUGGGAGAUGGGAAAGGGUUAGGCUAUCCCAUUCCCAAUGGCUGAUCGGUUUUCGAUUGCAUUUGUGUCUAUGUGAAUACAUCUUGCCAAUCGAGGUGUCUAAUCAUGUGCUCAAUUUUCGCACAGCAAAUGAGGGCCCUUGCAUAUCCUGGGAAAGUCCAAAAACUGAAUUGCUGGUUGAUUUCUUAGCUUUUCAUCGGCUAUGGGAACCAUCUUAUAUUCGCCAGAGGAUGCUUCCUAUGCUGUCUACCAUUUAUUUGAGGGAAAUGGCAGCAACUCCUGUAAACAAUUUGUUGUAUGGGCAAUAUGAGUUUGAUUCCAUUGACCGUUUGAAAAUAAGAAAUGGUCAUCAAUUUUAUGUGGUCAAGUGGAAAAAGGCUGCACCUACAAUGAAUUCUGUCACUUUCACAAAUCCUGAAGAGGAGUCAGAUAUCCUACAAGACGAUGUUAUUGAAGUUGAUGAAUCCAUUAGUGUAUGGGAUGAGUCUGAUGUCCCUGAGAUUCGUAACAGUGAUGGGUGCUACUUUUUGCUAACAGAUGAAAAUAUGGACCUUGUCCAGGCUGCGUUUCCAGAGGAAGUUGACAGAUUUUUGCAAGAGAAGGAGCUGAAAGAACUGAAAAGAAGAAAAGCCAGUGUAAUGCCUGAAACACCGCCAAAACCAAAAGGUGUGCAGCUAAAUAUUACUGAAUUCUACCGCUCUACCAAAGCAAAGAAACUGGAGACAGAAGCUGGAGAAGAUCUAACCCAGAUCAGUGUCAAUCAGAAUGCUGAAACUAGUAAAGAAAAGAGAAAACCAUCUAGUUCAAAUCUUCCCAAGUCUGUAAGACGCCGUCUUUUGUUUGACUGAGGCAUUUCAGAUUUUGGUCCCUUUCUGCCGAUUUUUAGGGAAAGUAGCUAAUGAUGUAAAGUUAGUGUCUCCUUCUACCCCGUUAAACGACAAGGUUAGCUAUGUGUAUUUUUUGUAAUUAAAUAUUAGGUCUACAUUAGUGUGGGGUUUUUCAUCUAUUUGAGUGAGCAAAACAAAAUUUAUGUUGUUCCUUUUGAAUCUUGUAAAGCUAUCUCUUUGAUUUUGUGUUGCCAUCUAGGACUCUGAUCUGAA